AUGUUCACCCUAGCUCAGAUACUCCAGGAUCACGUGCGCGAGCUGAUGCCGACGUUUCAGUACGAGGAGUUCUCGAAACGGCCCGACGAGCACGUGGCCAAGGUGUUGCUGGCCAAGAAGACGGGAAACGGAAUAGAACCGGAUAUAGCGUCUUCAACGAAAGGGGAUGGCGACGACGCCGCGACUCAAGAGAAGAAAUAA